AUGACUGACCCUUUCAGAUCUGAAAUUUUGGACAAUAUUCAAAAGAAGAAAGAACAAGAAAAGGAGCAGCCAAGUAGUCCUAAUUUCCAACAACAACAGUUAUCUAAGCCACCUGAAAAACAAAUUCAUACCCCUGAAGCGCCAAGUGGAAGUUUAGUGUCACAACAUGUCCCCACACAACUCCUUUCUCCAACACAAGGUGCUGGCCCAACAGUUCAGCCAAAGGAGGACUCUAAAGAUAAAACAUUAAAAGUCACAAACUCUACAACUAUAACAUUAAUAGAGAAUAACAGUAUAAAUGGUGAAAAGGAUAAGGAUUUCCCAAAAAAUUAUUUUACAUUAGAGCCUAAGAAUGACAAGAAAGAUGAUCUAAAUAAGAAUAGUAUAACCAUAACAAGAACAGUCCCAAAGCAAUCUCCGGGAUCGGGGCAGCCUGACAAGGCCAAAGCUGGGACAAAAUCCGCCAAAAGACCUUUGCAGUACUUGGAGACAUUGGCACAAAAGGCAGGUAUUACUACUGAAGAUAAAUAUGAAGCGGCCAACACUUUACUGGCUUUAGAUAAACAGAAUAACACAUUCCGAAGGCCGGAGCUAAAACAACCAAAGGCUGAACCAGAAACUCAUUCUCAGGCUGAAGAUUUUAGGUACAGAAAUCAAAAAGAAGAUGAUGACAAGUUACAGAUACAACAGCAAAUAAUUCAGCAACAGCAACAACAGCAGUUGCAGCAACUGCAGCAGCAGCAGUUGCAGCUGCAGCAGCAGCAAAUCCAGCAAUUUCAGCAACAGGCAUUACAAAGGCAACAUCAAGCCAUUCAGCAACAUCUGAAGAAUCAGCAGGACCAACAAGAGUUGUUACAAAAACAAUAUCAGCAACAGCAGCAACAACAACAGCAGCAGCAACAACAACAGCAGCAGCAGCAGCUGCAGCAGCAACCUCAACAAACGAAGCCUGAAAUUCAGCAAUUACCUCAAUCUCAACAAGAUUUGCAACAACAAAAAUUUGUUCAGGUGGUCAAUAAUCAGUCUCUUCACACGCAGCAGUUUAAUGUGCCCGGUAUAGGUGAAAUAAAUCUCAGUUUUCUCGCAUCACCGCAAAAUAACGUGAACCUUCUGUUCGACAAGAAUCACAAGCCCGGCAUGAGCGGAGAGAUCAAACAGUCGAUAACAGAAGGACAAAAUCAGCAACAAAUGAGUAUGUCACAACACGAUUCGAACCAGCAACACCACCAGACAGUAACUGUUGUGUCUUCUAUGCCUAGCAGUAUGGCAACACAUCAGCAGCAAGCUGGUACAAUACAGCAGCAGGCUGGGGCUAGUAUAUCCACUAUGGGACCGAUACAGAGCUUACCACCCAACACUCCACAUCCUCAGCAAUUAAGUGCCGAUUGGGGACAUGGACGUGUACAAGUAAUUCAACAGCCACUUCAAAAUAGCACUUACCUGCAGCAACUGUACAAUGCACAAGGGCCGCUUCUUAUGCCAGGAAAUAUUGCGUUACAUCCACAGAUCAAUUCGCAACAGAUACAGGUAAUCGCCGCUGGCAAACCAUUCCAAGGCAACCAGCUCGCCCCACAUAUGCUGACUACGCAGGGAAAGCAAGUACUACAAGGACAGACCGCAUCGUUCCCUGGGUACACCACUAUACCGACCAUACCUACUACGCAGAACCAAACAUUCGUGUUUAGCCCUUUGGGGGUGCUGAAUUCCCAGCCGAGCAUUCUUCCCGCCCAUUCUCAGGCCUCUGGGAUGAAUCAACAACAAAAACCCGGAGAUAUGCAUAAGGGAAUGAGUGGAGGGAAAGUAACAACAGGCAAAGUGAAUACUGGAAACGGUCAGACUGUACCCCUUCAAACUCAAUGUGUGCAGGUCUCUCAGCCAGUUCUUGGACAACAGCCACAAGCCCAAAUCAUCAGCCCUCUACAGGCUGGUGGACAGAUGCAGUUUGCCCCUUGGCAGAUAUCAGGGGCCAUACCCCAAGUUUGGGCCGGAGGAUUGCAAGCUGGGACGAUACCGGCUGGCGGGUUGUUAGCUCCGAAUCCUAUCUUCAUACGAGGCUCGCAGCAGGAACCACCACCUUCUAUGUUCAUACAACAUUCACCCCAAAAUAAUGUUCAGCAUACGAGUGAAAGUGUGGCGUCGUCAACCGUCAGUACCACUAAGCCAAGAGUCUCCACCGAUGGAAUGUCAAAAGGACCCCGGCCUCUGUCAAACAUAUUGCCCUCGAGUGGCAUACGACCAGCUUCUAGUGUUUCUACGCAGACUAGCGCGAAUCAGGCACAAAACGCUGCAAAGCAACGGAUGAGGGUGGGUGUACGUGCAUCUACGCCGAAGCAAGAUGCAGCGAAUCAAACAAAUAAAUUGCCACUUUCAAUGCAACAGCAGAAAACUCAUAUAAUGGUUAUGAACACGACGGGCCAUAUGACUCAAAUCGCCAACUUAGACAAACAGCCUCCCAACAAAAAUGUGCAACAGCAGCAACAACAGCAGCAACAGCAACAACAGCAGCAACAUCAACAACAGCAGCAGCAACAACAGCAGCAGCAACAACAGCAGCAGCAGCAACACCACCAACAACAACAGCAGCAACAACAACAACAACAACAGAUUAUGCAGCAACAAGCAUUACAACAGCAACAACAGCAACAAGCGCAGCAGCAGCAACAACAACAACAAUUGUUGCAGCAACAGCAAAACCAACAGCUAGUCCAACAGUAUCAACAAGGAUUACUAGGGAUGCAACAAGCAUUACCAGUGGGUUCAGUCGCUCAGACUUUGCCUUUGGCAGGCCUUCCGCAAAUAUCUAUGGUUCAUCAAAUUCAUCCAUUGGGUGGUACUAGUCAGCCUGGCACAUUAGUUAGCCAAAUAAGCACUAGUCAACCAGCGCAAAACGCAUUAACGCAAGUCCAAACUAUUCCACAUCAGCAGGGCUUAGUUGGAAGCGGGUUGGUUCAAACAUCAGUUGGUAUGGCUAUCCAACAACAGUCACUCAACGCAACUCAAAUGUCCAAUGUAUCGUCAAACAGUAUAAGUACACCUCAAAUAACAAUUCAGGCUUCAGGCCUUGGACUAAUAACGGCACCUGUGCAAGGCUCCGUAGUGCCGUUACAGUCACAAGUUGUGUCUCAACAAAGUCAAGUGAAACCAGAUGAGAAGCCACAGCAGAUGCCGGCUUCGACGACGGUCCAGCAAGUGUCGACCUCUGACGCGUCUACAGAGGCCGUGCCAACGAGUGCGCCGGCUAGUGACGUCACUAUUUCUACAACUGUCACCACACCAAAUAUCUCUCCGUCGUCUGAGGGUUCUAAGCGUUCAGAGGCUUCCGUAAGCACGUCAGUCUCAACCUCUAUCUCUUCGGCACCCACUAGCAGCACGGUUACAACGAAUGUCAAGCAGUCACCAGUUGCAGUUACGUCGUCGACGUCGUUGUCGUCAUCGGCGAGCAUGACGUCAGCGACGAUGACGUUACCGACGACUACGUCUGUAGCGGCCAGUUCGAUAACAUUCAAAAGCAGCCAAUGUGCACCAAGGAACAUCAGCUCGCAACAAGUUACGGACAAAGGGUUACCCAAGGCGAUGGUCAAACCGAACAUUUUGACUCACGUGAUUGAAGGCUACGUCAUACAAGAAGCAGCUGAACCAUUUGCCGUGAAUCGUCCGCUCCGCGAAUGGAGUUCUGGUGAUAAAGAGCAAGAAAAAGAAAAGGCGACGACAGACGAACCGCCACCUGGCAAAAGAGCAAGAAUGGAUAUUACUACCAGUCUACCACGGAUAUCGUCAAGCAACGACUCUAAUCUUCCCAGUACUAGUCAGGCUAGCAAUGAAGUUUCGGAGGCACCUGAUACUAUCCAAGUAGACGAAGACGCGAAAGAACUGCCCAAUGCUCAUAAAUGGACUGUUACCGAAGUAUGCGAAUUUAUCCGCAACAUACCGGGUUGUGCCGGCUAUGCGGACGAGUUCCUCAUGCAAGAAGUGGAUGGUGAAGCUUUACUUCUAAUCAAACCUGAACACUUGGUGAUGGCGCUGUCUAUGAAGCUUGGACCGGCUCUCAAAAUUGUCGCUUGUAUUGACUCGUUGCGACCGGAGAGCGAACAGACAAUCGCUGAUGCAAAUGAAUGA